CCGUUGGAGAAGCAGAGAGAUGAGUGUAGAAGGGUCCGAAGAUGUAAGUGGUGAACAAAGUUUGUAUAUUAAUAGCAAUUGGCAGCUCAAUUUUCUCUCGCCGCCGAUCUCGUUUUCUUCUUCAUUUCCAACCGGAAUGUCAUACGCCUACCUUUUCAAGUACAUCAUCAUUGGUGAUACUGGAGUUGGAAAAUCAUGUCUUCUUCUCCAGUUUACCGAUAAGAGAUUUCAGCCUGUUCAUGACUUGACUAUUGGUGUAGAGUUUGGGGCGAGGAUGAUCACCAUCCACAGCAAACCAAUCAAGUUGCAAAUUUGGGAUACGGCUGGUCAAGAAUCUUUCAGGUCUAUUACAAGGUCCUACUAUAGAGGGGCUGCUGGUGCCUUGCUUGUUUACGAUAUCACCAGGAGGGAGACUUUUAAUCACCUGGCUAGCUGGCUUGAAGAUGCAAGACAACAUGCUAAUGCAAACAUGACAAUAAUGCUUAUUGGAAACAAGUGUGAUCUUGCACACAGAAGGGCUGUCAGCACUGAGGAAGGGGAGCAGUUUGCAAAGGAACAUGGUCUAAUUUUUAUGGAGGCCUCUGCUAAAACUGCUCAAAAUGUUGAGGAGGCAUUCAUACAAACUGCUGCAACAAUAUAUAAGAAGAUCCAGGAUGGAGUAUUUGAUGUAUCUAAUGAGUCAUAUGGGAUAAAGGUUGGAUAUGGUGGAAUCCCAGGGCCAUCAGGAAGCAGAGAUGGUACUACAGCUCAAUCUGGGGGUUGUUGCGGUUAAAUCUUGCUGCUCAAAAAACUAGUACAAAUUUCCACGUUCUCUUUAAAUUCCUUUGUUAAUUAUGAGUGUCAGAAAACGCCCCCUCCCCCUCAAAAAAGGGCACCAUAAUAGGUUAUCAGGUGUUUGUAUAAUGGCCCCAAGGGGUGGCUCCGUUGGCAGGGGCUUGGGGUCUCUGGUUAUACCAGCUUAAUGAUCCAAAACUCAAGCCUUCGGGUGAGCUUAAUACCAAAAACCCUUGAUGUCGCCCGGAUUCUGGCCUUGGGCGGGCAUCGGUGCCCUUGGGUAUAGAGGAACGAAGUUCUAACUCCCAGUUAUCCAGAAGAAGUAUUUGUGUAAUCAUUAGACGUGUUGUGUUUUUGUUAAUUAUGUCUUGAUCAUAUUUGAUUGUAAAGGUAAACUCGUAUCAAUGCAUGUCAUUUGUGGCAAAA